AUGAUCUACCUGCGUCGUCGUCAGAAGUACGCCUCCAACGCCAUCCAGACGCGCAACGCGGCGAGCGUCGGUGCGAACGGCGCCAAAGUGGGCCGUGGUCCGCCGCCAGGCGGCUUCGGAAAGCCCGGUAAAAAUUUGCCCGCUUGGGAAGGUAGAGCCGGUCGUCUAAUGCCCGUCCUCCCAGCGCCUACUUUUCCUCUCCGCUCAGGCCUCCUCUCCCUCCACGCGCACACCAGCCAAUCACGUGUCGGUGUGGUUGGUGGGGUGCGUUAG